AUGGCGGAUUCACUUGCUACAUUACAAUACCUCGCUCCUUAUACGGGAGCAGCCCCGGCUGAGUAUUUUAUGUACCGCGAACGACAUACUUUAAUAAUUUAUGAUGAUCUCUCCAAACAGGCACAAGCUUAUCGCCAAAUGUCCCUUCUAUUAAGUCCCGGCCGUGAGGCUUAUGCAGGGGAUGUUUUUUAUUUGCAUUCACGCCUUUUAGAAAGAGCCGCGAAAUUAAAUUAUCUUUUAGGCGAAGGAAGUAUGACCGCUUUACCAAUAAUUGAGACUCAAUCUGGAGACGUUUCCGCCUAUAUUCCUACUAAUGUAAUCUCCAUUACAGAUGGACAAAUAUUCUUAUUUGCGGAUCUAUUCCAUGCCGGAAUUCGACCCGCUAUUAAUGUGGGUAUUUCAGUUUCCAGAGUAGGAUCCGCGGCUCAAAUUAGAGCCAUGAAACAAGUAGCUGGCAAAUCCAAAUUGAAACUAGCUCAAUUCGCAGAGUGA